GCCACGCCUACCCCUUGCUCGGUUUUGCCCGGCUAAAUCUGUGAUUUCCCUCCAUUUCCAGCUUUUCUGAGGAGAACUAAAUGCGAUCCGAAGCCUUCUGGGAUCACGACAGCCAAGCGGAAUGGAUUGGUUUCACUGCAACCAGUGUUACCAAAGAGAAGGGAGCCAUUUCUUUGUCACCAGCUGUGGCCACAUUUUCUGUAAAAAAUGUGUGACUUGGGCUGAAACCUCAGGAGAAAAUGUACUUCAAGAACCCCGUGGAGAUGGCUGUGCAAUAUUUUAAUCAUGUAUCCCAGGUGUGGAGUUUCCAGAAGAAACAAACAGAUCUCCUCCUCGCCUUUUAUAAGCAUAGAAUCUCAAAGUUAGAAGCAGCCAUGCAGGAAGCACAAAAAAGAUUCACCAGCCAGGAAAAAGAGCUGUCAGCCUUAAGGAAGGAGAAUGAAGAACUGAAGAAAUUUAUAACCAUCCUAAAGGAAUCUCCAAAUCGGAACCAAGGGAACAGGGUGGCCACACCUCGGCCUGUGGGCAUUACCUCCCCAUCACAGUCAGUUACUCCACGACCCAGUUCUCAGCAAAGCAGCCAAGUGGUUAGUCGAUCCUCCUCAGCGGAGUCUGUUCCUUUCAGGGUGACUGGCCUUGGUAGCUUGGGGCAAGGAACCAGAGGCCUGCAGGGAAGGAGCACGCCCAGAGACUCUUAUACUGAAACCCCUUCACCAGUGUCUACUCACAGUUUAUCUUACAGGCCUUCGUUUGCCUCCUCUGGACAGGGCAUUUUUCCAUUCAGAUCAUCUCUAAAUCAUGAAGAUUCAAACCAAACAAGGCUGCUCGUACCUAACCAUGCAGACUCUCUACCAACACAGGCAAUUGGGAUCAGCUCGGGGGAGAGACACAUGGCGCACUUCCAGAUAGAUGAUGUUCAAAGUCUGAUCAAAACAUGUGCUGAAGAUUGGAGGAUAGCAACCAAAACCAGCGAGAGGCGAUGGCCUUGGGAAACGAACCCGUCUUGUUUCCUGAUUUCACUCAGAUCUUAUGGCAUUUGAUCUCUGCAAAGCCUAGCCCCUGUGUUCCCUCCUAGGAAAGUGGUUGUCUGAUGUAAAGCUAGUGCUCCAGGAAAAUGUUUCUCUCCUGAAAGACACCUCUAGCCGCCUCAUUGUCUGCAAUAUGAAACAAAGGUUACAAGAAAAGAAAAUCUUGACAUCAUUGGAGAGGUGUAGCAUACUAAUUAACAAUGUUUUAUUUCUGGAUUUCAUUUUUCACCUUGGAUAUAUUUUCCCAUUGCGGGUGUUAACAAGCCACAACAUUUUUUUUUUUUGUCCUGAGUUAUUGUACUGUUUUUAUUUGCCUAUUGUUUCCUCAGUGUCUCGAUACUAUUAAAUAUGUUGAUUUUUUUUCUCUUGUCAGUAAAAUGUUGAACACAGACUUCAA